CCGAAUUAUAAUUUUUACAGACUCACUCUCUGUCCUGACAGCACUAAAUUCUGCUACAGACUCUCCGCAAGGAAUCAUACACCAAAUCAUUGUCUCGAUGGAAGAGCUCCCACCCUCAUGCCAGUCUGUAGACAUAGCAUGGGUUCCUGGGCACUCCGGGAUACUCGGCAAUGAAAUCGCUGACGCGCUGGCAAAAGCAGCGCUCUCCAGACCGAGAAUUUACGAUAGAUUUACCAUUGAAGAUACUUAUCAAUCAAUUAAACGAAUCCACCAACUAUCCAGGCAAUCAGCAUUUAAGCAUAGCAAAUACUAUACUGAUUUUCUUCAUUUGAGCCAAAAUAAAAACGAACUUCUACCCCUCUCCAGCAGGCACCAGGAUGUUACGUUCUCCAGAAUCCGUACUAGAUCCUAUCCAACCAAAUCAAAGUUAUUCCGCUUUGGACUCGCUCCAGACAACAAAUGCAACUGUGGUUCCAUCUCCGAUAUCGAUCACAUUAUUCUGGAAUGCCCUCUCUUUGAUCAACAGCGCACCACCCUAAAAAUACUGCUUGGACCUGGGGCAUUGUCGUUCUCAUACCUUAUGGAAACAACGGAUAAACGCAAGCUACAAUAUCUUAUACAUUACCUAAAAUCUAUCCGCAUACUAUAAUCAUCCACCUAUCUCCACCACCUUGGAUAUAAGCGAGCUAUAAGCUGGAAAUUGCAAAAAGCUCCAAAACCGAUCGUCGAUAAUCAUCAUCAUCAUCGAAAGAAAAAGAAAAU